AGCCUUACGCCCUGUGUUGCCAGCUGUUCCAGCGCGCGCUGUCUGUGUGCGCGAGGCCGCGCGAGCCCAGCGGAUCCAUCAUGGACCGACUUUUCUCCGCCGCCGCUGCGCUUCUCCUGCUCUGCGCUAUGAGCGCUGGUGAAAGGUGGAAAAUAACAUUUCCUGUGUUAAACACUAACAUAUCAGACUGUAUCUUGUCAAGAUGUGGUACAAACAUCAACUCAUGUAUGGAGAGCUAUGGAAGUCUGACUCCGUAUGAACUCAAGGGUUGUGUUGUGCAGAAGUGCAGGAGAAUCACUAAGAAGUGUGUGAAGGAGUUCAUUAAAAUGGUUUCACCAUAUUUAGUGAAAGCGGGACCCUAUGCCUCAACCAUUCAGUCUUUUGGCGAAAUGGUAUUUGACGAAAUACCGGACUCUUACCUGCAGUGUUGGCAGGACACAGAUCUUGAACAUGUCAGGCAAAUUGCAGUUUGCUUCGCGGUGAGAUUACUUGACAGAUUCAAACCUCUGAUUAGUGUCUUCUCAUCAAAAGCCUUCAAUGACCCAGCUUACAUUUCUUGCUGGGUGUACCGUGCUCUGAAAGCUUUCAUCAGCUGCUACGAUGAACUCGGAGAUGAGUACAUUGAAGACAUGUCACGCAGACUAGAAAGGGAGUUGAACGAAAACCUGACUGCCUACGCUGGAUGUCAAAGAGAAGGAUUCGCAAACCUGAACCUGGAAUGUGUCGAGAUGUUUGAGAGACUCUUUGGUAGGUACUGCUGUUACCAUGACUACUGGUGAAUAGCAGCAUGUUUUAGUGACGAAUCAUGUUAUUUAAUUUGAAAAAUUUGAAAUAUGAGCUGUGCUUAACCAGACUGAUGGGAUUUUCCAGCCCUGCCAGGCAGAAAACAUGAGUUUAAUGGUAAGUGGUGACCUUGUCUUUCCUGAGAUCUUACCACAUUUCGAUAGUAUGAAGACACUUCCUUUCAUACUUUUAACUUUCAAUCUGCUUCUAGAGAUUAGGAUAGGAAUAUACUGAAUUUGUAAAACCUUCAGCAGGAAGUACUUUCACAAUGCCUUUAACAUGAGACCUACACACAUUCUGGCACUGCAGCUGGGUGUUGCCAU